AUUUCCUCACACUGCCCAAAAAGAAUAUAGUAAGUCUAGAGAGAGAGAGAAAAAGAAGGAGCUGAAAAAAAAAUGGAGGUAAUGGACAUUGUAACACUUGGCUUAGCUAUUCUCUUUUUGUGUGUAUGGUGGAAAUAUUGGUCAGUGACUGGAGGUGGGAAGAAAAAUCUCCCACCAGGGCCACCUGGUUGGCCAUUAGUAGGAAAUCUUUUCCAAGUUAUUCUCCAACGUCGCCCUUUCAUAUUUAUAGUACGUGAUUUACGUAAAAAAUAUGGCCCUAUUUUCACCAUGCAAAUGGGGCAACGUACCCUUGUUAUAAUCACCAGCUCUGAACUUAUCCAUGAAGCCCUAGUUCAAAAUGGCCCUCUCUUUGCUAGUCGACCUGCAGAUUCACCGAUCCGCCUUAUAUUUAGCGUUGGAAAGUGUGCCAUUAACUCAGCCGAGUACGGCCCUCUAUGGCGCGCUCUCCGGCGGAAUUUCGUUACUGAGUUGAUAAACCCUACAAGAAUCAAGCAGUGCAGUUGGAUAAGGAAAUGGGCUAUGGAAUACCACAUGAAAAGGAUUGAAAAUGAAGUUUCUCAACAGGGGUUUGUGGAGGUGAUGGCUAAUUGUAGGCUCACUAUAUGCAGCAUUCUCAUUUGCCUUUGUUUUGGUGCUAAAAUUUCUGAAGAGAGAAUCAAGAAAAUUGAGAGCAUACUCAAAGAUGUUAUGCUCAUCACUGCUCCUCAGCUGCCGGACUUCUUGCCCUUGCUCACACCAUUGUUUCGUCGUCAAGUGAAACAGGCGAAGAAGCUAAGACAGACUCAACUUGAAUACCUAGUGCCUUUGGUAAGAGACAGAAAGGCAUUUGUGGAGAGCAAUGGGAACCCUAAAAGCAGCAGUUCAGAAAUGGUGAGUCCAAUUGGUGCAGCCUAUGUUGAUUCAUUAUUUAGUCUUGAACUUCCUGGCAGGAAAUUAGGAGAAGCAGAAAUUAUCACACUUGUUUCAGAAACAAUAGGUGCAGGAACUGAUACUAGUGCCACUGCACUAGAAUGGGCUUUGCUUCACUUAGUGAUGGACCAAGAAAUCCAAGAAAAACUCUACAAAGAAAUAGUUGAUUGUGUUGGAAAACAUGGUGACAUUUCAGAAAGUGAUGUUGAGAAAAUGCCUUAUCUUGGAGCCAUUGUGAAGGAGACUUUUAGAAGACAUCCACCUAGCCAUUUUGUCUUGUCACAUUCUGUAACAAAUGAUACUCAAUUAGGAGGUUACAAUAUCCCUUCUGAUGCUUAUGUUGAAUUUUACACUGCAUGGGUAACGGAGGAUCCUAGUUUAUGGAAAGAUCCCGGCGAGUUUCGGCCGGAGAGGUUUUUGACUGGAGACGGAGUUGACGUGGACAUCACCGGAAUGAGAGGUGUGAAGAUGCUGCCAUUCGGAGCGGGUCGUCGGAUCUGCCCCGCUUGGUCAUUGGGUACGUUGCAUAUUAACCUCAUGCUUGCUAAGAUGGUUCAUAAGUUCAAGUGGAUACCCAUACCCGACAACCCACCCGACCCGACAGAGACAUUUGCUUUUACUGUGGUGAUGAAAAAUCCCCUCAAAGCAAUUAUUUUGCCAAGGUCAAAAAUUUGAGCAAUUAGCUAGAUCUUGUUUGGGUUCCAGAAGUGUUCAUGUGGUGUACCAUAUAUUAGAUCUUAGGUUGCCUCUUUUUUGUGUUACAUGGAUAAAUGCUUCUUAUAAUUUUGCUUUUGUUGAAGGUGUGUGGCCUCACUAGAUCCUAGAAUUAAUGGUUGUGGGACAUAUUUUGUCCAAAAUAUUAAAGUAUAUGUAUCAAUGAAAAUCUUAUCUAUGUUCA